AUGGACUUUCAUAUUCUCAGACUCCCUCGGCCUCAGAGGCAUCUGUGCUCUCUAGAGCCGCGGUUCUCAACCGGGCCCGAAUUCGGGAGAAGCAAUGCGUUUCCGAAGCCCGCAGACCCCGAGCCUGCUGCUGGGGUCUUGGGUAUCCCCGCCCUCGCGGCGCGCAAGCCACGCCCCUCCCGCCCCUCCCACGUACGUCACGUCCGGCCCGGCCCCUGUCCGCCCUCCGCCCUCCGCGCUCCUCCCGCUGCCGUUAGGGAGGCUCUGCGCCUCAGCUGCUGCCGCCGUCGCCGCUCCCGCCCCCUCUCCCGUGUCUCCGACGCCGCCCCCGCCGGGGACAUCCGGGGGUUGCUUAUCGGGCUGGCCCCGUGCCUCAGCCGCCGCUUUAGACCCUCGCCAGCGGCCGUCUUCGGAAGAGGCUUGCCGGCCGCGGACGCGCUCGAGGCCUCAGUUCUCGUCCUCCUCCCGUCCCCGCGGGUCCUGGAGAAGCGGCCGCGGCCGGGGAACGGGGCGUCGCGGUUCCAACGAUUAAUUGCUGAAGUACUGAUCGAAUUCUGCGUUUCUUCAAUGAGGAACUACAGGCUGAUCUUCUGCCAUAAUCUCAAACAGCCAUAAAUGACAAAAGAAUGCUUGCUCAGUGAGGGUAGCUGGUGCAGAAUUCGUUUUUUAAACUUAGGUGUUUAAGUA